AUGAGACCGAAAGGAGACAGAGGAGACACAGUUGUCCCUGUGAGAGUAGGAGCAGAUCUACAGGAGCAGAUCUACAGGAGCAGAUCUACAGGAACAGAUCUACAGGAGCAGAUCUACAGGAACAGAUCUACAGGAGCAGAUCUACAGGAGCAGAUCUACAGGAGCAGAUCUACAGGAGCAGAUCUACAGGAGCAGAUCUACAGGAGCAGAUCUACAGGAGCAGAUCUACAGGAGCAGAUCUACAGGAGCAGAUCUACAGGAGCAGAUCUACAGGAGCAGAUCUACAGGAGCAGAUCUACAGGAGCAGAUCUACAGGAGCAGAUCUACAGGAGCAGAUCUACAGGAGCAGAUCUACAGGAGCAGAUCUACAGGAGCAGAUCUACAGGAGCAGAUCUACAGGAACAGAUCUACAGGAACAGAUCUACAGGAGCAGAUCUAUGGGAGCAGAUCUUACCAGAGAUGAUGCUGAUGUGA